GUGUGUGUCUCGCGCGGUAAGAUGGCGGCGCCGCUAACGGACGCGGAGCUAUUCACGGAGCUCAGGAGCCUGGGCCUUGUCCCGGGCCCCGUCACCGAGAACACCCGGCCCGUCUACCUCAAAAAGCUCAAGAAACUGCGGGAGGAGCGAGGCGCCAGGCCCAGGAGCGGCGGCGCAGCAGCAGCAGUAGUAACAGCGGCGGCGGGGGGGGGAGGUGCGAGCCUAGGCCCGGGCCUCGGCGCUCCUCCUCCCAGCAAAUUGCUGGGCUUCAGCUCGGACGAGUCGGACGCCGAGGCCAACGGGAGGAGCGAGGCUAUCAGGAGGGCGAACAGAGCGGGGAGAGGCUCCGGCGAGUGCCCGAGGCCGCGGCUCAGCAAAGGCAGGAACACGCCGCCGCCGCCGCCGCCUCCUCACUCCAAGGCGGUGAAUAACAACAGCGGCGCUAAGAGCCGCUCGGGGCCGUGGUGGAGGACGAAGGCGAGCGGCGGGAUGCGGCGGCCGGAUGAUGAUGAUGAGGAGGAGGAGGAGGAAGGGGAGCCGGUCAGGUGCGAGCACGGCGGCGGCGGCGGCGGUAGGAUGUUUCUGCUCGGCGUGGACGGUGGCUACUCGGACUCGGAGGACGAGCGGGAGGAGCGGGGCCGGAGGCCGAGCUCCAGGAGGAGUCAGCCCAGGAAGGCGGCGUCCGUGUCGGGCCACGCGAACAACAAGAGCCCGGCGGCGGCGGCGGCGGCGGCUGGAGGAGGGGAGCAGAGGGAGAGCGGCCCUGGCAGGAGGGGGGGAGGAGGAGGCUGCGGUUUGAACCACGACCUAGUCGGCGGCCCUUACUGGCUGGAGCCGCUGGGAGACGAGCUGGAGCCAGAGGAAGAGGAGGAAGAGGAAGAAGGAGAGAUGGACGGCGCCGUGGAGCCCGCCAUGUCCCUGCGCUCCCGCAACUCGUCCAGCAGGAAGGGAGCCGCCGAGAGGCUGAGCCUCCAGCACCUCGCAGGCGCCAGGAACAACAACCACGUCGGCCUAAUGCACAACAGCAACGCCGUGGGCGGCAGAGGCGGCGGCGGCAACCCCUCGCCAUCCCUCCUGGUCAAGGCCAAUCACUCGAACCACAACACCCCCGUCUCCAACCACACGUACUGUAGUACUUACACCCGCAAGAACUUGCGAGAGCCCGAGGAGGAGCUGCUGCAGCAGUUUAAAAGGGAGGAGGUGUCGGCUACCGGCGGCUUCAGUGCACACUACCUGUCCAUGUUUCUAUUGACUGCUGCUUGUUUGUUUUUCCUCAUAUUGGGACUGACUUACAUAAGGAUGAGGGGUUCAGGAGGCACAGAUCCAGGAAUUUCUAACAUAAAACCUCACCCCUGUGAUGUAGAUGAUAAGAUUGAAGAAAGAGUAAUUUUGAUCAUUCUCCAUAGACUGCAUGAUCACCUUGCAAAAAUAGCAGGAGACUAUGAUUGUGGAGAUCAUGUCCAUUACAAAAACAGGAGUCUCUCUGUCCAAGAUGCUGCUGAGUAUGUAACUGUCCUUGAUCCCAAUCAUGAUGAGAGAUUUAACCGUUCACUCCAAUGGAUUUUACAGAGUACAGAUGACCUUGGUAUAAAGUUGAUUGGUGGUAACACAGAAAUGAAAGUAACUAAUGUGACUGAAGUAAGAUACCUGGAGUCUACUCAUCCUCAAAUGUCAUUCAUCUGCCGUUUUCGUCGAGCAUUUUUAACAGUCCUUCACAGAAUGUUUAUUUUCCUAGUAGGUGUAGGAAUUGUAUGGGGAGUUCUUCGUUACAUGAAAUAUCGAUGGAGGAAAGAAGAGACUGAGAACAGACAGAUGUAUGAUAUGGUGGAAAAAAUCAUAGAUGUUUUAAGAAGCCAUAAUGAAGCCUGCCAAGAAAACAAGGAUUUACAGCCGUAUCUACCCAUUCCCCAUGUUCGUGAUUCUCUGAUGCCACCUCAGACUAGGAAAAAAAUGAAACAGGUCUGGGAGAGAGCUGUUGAGUUUCUUGAUACAAACGAGUCACGUAUUCGGAAAGAAACCCAAAUAAUAGGAGGAGCGGAUUUCUUAGUUUGGCGGUGGACUCAACCAUCUUCAAGUUGUGAUAAAAUAACAGUUGUACCAUCCAAAGUAUGGCAAGGAAAAGCCUUCCAUCUUGACAGAAGAAAUUCUCCACCUAAUAGUUUGACACCAUGUUUAAAGAUUCGCAACAUGUUUGACCCAGUCAUGGAAAUUGGUGAUGACUGGCAUGUUGCAAUUCAGGAAGCAAUCCUAGAAAAAUGCAGUGACAACGAGGGAAUUGUUCAUAUUGCAGUGGACAAGAACUCGCGUGAGGGCUGUGUGUAUGUAAAGUGUCUCUCUCCAGAGUAUGCUGGCAAGGCUUUCAAGGCACUUCAUGGCUCUUGGUUUGAUGGAAAGCUAGUGACUGUAAAAUACCUGAGGCUAGAUCGUUACCAUUAUCGUUUUCCCCAGGCAAUCCACAGCAACACUCCUCUAAAGCCAUCAAAUAGGCAUAUGAACUCAAUGUCGCACCUGCGUCAUCUGACCAACACAGCUAACUCACAGGGAACCUCCUGAGAUCUCCUACCCUUGCCGGUGCUGUUGUACUGCAGCAGGAGAUGUCCUGCUUGAACGCUCCGUCUUCCUUUUUAUUGCUUUUAUAUGUACAAUUUUUGUAUUAUAAAGAGUGCUCUUUUGUGUCAGAAUGGCCAGGAAGCUGGAGAAAAUUUCCAAAGAAGCUAUCUGUAGCAAUGGUGUACUGGGGGUAAAAAGUCAUGCAUGGAAUUAAACCAUAUAUGAUUUUCAUAUGAAGUACCAUUAUUUCUUUGUAUAUCCAGUACAAAAACACCAUGUGCAGCUUAUGGACUGGGCUAGGAUGGAUGUGCUUGUUUGCAACUUCGAAUGCUGGCAUUACUUAUGUAUAUUAGACAUUUAAUCAUGUACACUACAGUCUAGUCAGUAUUUGACAACAAGUAUAGGCAGAAUAUCGACAAGUCUCAUUUGAUUGCUUAGAACUUUUAUAUUUUCUGGACUGAUUUUCAAUGGUUGAACGUAAAUUUAUAUAAGCAAUUGACGUUGACGGUUUGAUACCUACAGAUGGCAUUGUGAGAAGUGACAACACAGAACGAGCACACAAACAAAUGUUGGGCACAAUUUGACAGCUGUUGUAAAUGAACUUGGAACAUCAGUUAUGGCAGCUUUAUAGUAAAGUUGUCUGCAUUAAAAAUGAAAUCUGAUUUUACAGUGCGCUAAACAUGCCUGGAUUAUGUAUGCAUUACGGAUGCAUCAUAUUGCAGGGAGGAGGCAGCCAGCAGCAUUGUGAAGUUCGUUUGCAGGAGGAUAAUUACUAGUUACUCUGAAACAGCACAGAAAAAUAUUUACUAACGUAUUUUGAUUACGAAUAUGAUCUGUACUUCAGUAACCAGUAUUACAAGCAUCCGGAAUGGUGGGACUAAUUGCGUAGUUUCACAGUUCUCUAAUCCUGCUUUUAAUUUGCUGGUUAUUCACUUUUUAGGUCAUUUAAUGCAGUUAAAAAGUUAUUUUUCAGCAUGGAAUUGCACUAAUGCACAAUUUACUUAGAGUAAACAUGAUGCACACUGCCUGCAGCAGAGAGCCUUACUGUGCCUUAACUUUGUGUGCUUGAUACAGGCACUGUACUGAACAGGAAUGUAGUUUAACUCCCAGUUUUAAAAUGUUCCAAUUAAAAAGAACUAAUUCAGUUUGUUCUGUACAGCUUUUUGUUGCACUUGGGUUAAGUUGUAAUACAAAUAAAAAUUAGCAAGGAAUCUUGCUGUACAUUGUGUGCAUUGUGAGAUGAUGUUGAUAUUGUACAUGUUUUUGGGCCAACCUUUGGUGUGCCUGACCAUUGACCUGUUGUAAGAGUGAAUGUAAAAGUGGAGUGGCUUUUCAAACAAAAGGGCACCGCUUGAUGCAGAUGCAUCUUUGAAUUUUCCAGCUUCUAUGAUGUAUUUCAUUUUAUGUAAACACUGUACAUUUAUAUAUUGUAAUAUGUACUAUUAUGCAGCUUAUUUUGCUUAUAACUGUUAAUAUUGACAAUAUCCCUACCUGCAAGACAGAUGGGAAGGUGUAUAAUAUCCAGAAGUUUGAGAAGUUCAGAUGUUUAAUGUAAUUUGUCAUUUGUCUUGUAAAAACAACUCUAAUUAAAGGUUUACUAGGGGUUUUUAAA